CCUGGUKGCAGACAUGCUGCACAUGGUGAGCUGAGUAGACGUCAUGUCAGAGACUAGUAAAAUAUAAAACAAUAUUGCUGCUUCAACCUUAAAAUACUACAUCAUCUAGUUGUAGCUUCCUGGCAUACUGAUGCAUUAGAUCACUAUGUCUACGAACAUGGACAGUAAGAAAGAAACCAGACCAUUGCCAAAUGGAUGGGUAGUUAGAGCCUCUAAGUCAAGGCAUGGUCGUUCUUACUUUUUCAAUGUUGUCUCUGGUUUAUCAAGCUGGAAACACCCAUCUGAGCUUAGUAAGGAGGUUAAUCCAAAAUCCAAAAAGAAAGUUCACUGUAGAAACCAAAGUGGCACAGACAGUUCUGUAACAUCUGGUGAGAUACCUGCAAAACGCUCAAARAUCCUUGUUAGUCCUCCUUCACCCUCCAGCCUGAAUACUUCUGUCAUUACUGUCAUAGAUAAAACGCAAGAAACAACAAAAGAAACUACUGAAUGUAUUAAGCCUGAAAAAGAUUUGCCUAAGACUGAUACAUCUGUUAAAGAGCUAGAGCCGUACCCUGAUUCUGAUGCUGAAAGCUCAGUGAAAGUUUUAGAACUUUCUGCUAAACAUCCACAGUUCGCGUGUAGUCGGACAAAAGCAAAUCAUAUUGCGCAAUGGCUAAACCAUGUGAAUAAUAUUUAUGAGCCUACGGAACAAGGAAGUGUGAUUAGUGAAGUAACUAGUACAUUAAAAGGAGACCUUGAUGAUGCCUUUUCUGUUAAGGAAAUCCCAGAUAAUACAGGACUUGUAGAUGAGAAAGAUGAGAAAAAGCCACCAAAAGAAGAGAAGGAAAAGGAAAGCCCUAAGAAGGAUGUAAAAGUAAAGGAGAAUGCAGAGAAACCUAGUGAUAAGUUGAAUCCAAAUCAGGGAAAUGAUACUACACAAUCAAACAAGGUAACACAGUCAAGCGAAACUAUAAACCAAGUUAAACCAAAAAUUGAGCAACCCAAGACUAGACCUCCGCUUAAAAAAGUGAAACCAAGAAAAAGAACAAAACCAUGUGGGAACAACUCAAAUAAUUCUUCAACACGACCAUCAAUUUCCUCUCCUACCAAGACAAAUAUAUUUACUCCAUUUGGACAAUUUGAGCAGCAGCAAUCAGAAGUUAAAAUUGAACAGGGGAAGAUUACUGGUACCCCUAUGAACAUUGACAGAGCUGGCACAAAUUCCCAGAAAUUUUCAACUCCAUUUCUUAAGUCUCCAACUGGAACUGGACCUUAUCUUCAAGCUCAUUUUAGCAGUCCUAUAGGUACUGAGAAUUUAAGGAAUUCUUUUUCUCCGCCUCUUGAAAAUAAUUUCCAAAAUCAACCCAGCUUUGCUGGUGGAUUUGGCAUUCAAUCUCAGCCAUUCAAUCUUAAUUUCGAGCCAUCACAAGAAAUGUCGAGUGAACAGAUGAAUGAAAAUGCCUUACAGCCAGACAGUGGAUUUGAUGAGGUGAUUGACAUGGAUGUUGAUAAUUAUGAAAGGUUAACAGAAACAAUUAAAGCUGAGCUACAAGAAGUAAGAUCAGAUUUUCAACUGGACACUCAAAAGAUUCAACAAGAAAGGACUUUCACUGAUUUCUCUUCAUAUGGUGAUGGGAUUUACAUCAUUCUAGACACCAAUGUCUUACUGUCACAUCUAAAGUUUAUCAGUGAACUCAAAGACUUUCCUAUAGAAGGUGUUGGCAGACCCAUACUUGUGGUGCCUUGGAUUGUCAUGCAAGAAUUAGACUCCCUAAAGAGUGACUCUUGGAAAAUUCGACAGGGAAAGAUUGUGAAUCAAGAGAGCAAAGAUGGUUCCGUGGGAGUAGAUUCACUAGCCCGACAAGCUAUUAGGUUUCUUCAUUCUUGUUUUGAGGCUAAACAUCCAAGGAUACGAGGGCAGACACUAGAUGAGGCUAGUGAACACAUGACUGCCAUGCUGGAGGAAUCCAACGAUGACAGAAUAUUACACUGCUGUAUCCUCUUUAAGAGAAAAGUUGCCAAUGGACACUCCAUUUUGUUUUCAAAUGACCAAAAUCUCUGCAGCAAAGCUAUGGUGAAUGGCAUCCGUGCAUUCAGCCAUCAGAGCUUGAUUGAAGGUCUCAAGGAAUUAAUGGGAAGUAAUCAGAAUAGAACUGUCGCUUUACAAGGAAACUAUUUUAAAGAAUAUUAUGAGCAACUUUCCAUACAACAGCAACUGGCUGAAAAGAGAGCAAAGGCUGAUGACAUCUUGUGUGAGCUUCAGUGCAUCAUGAGAGAAGGAUUGUCUGUCGUUGUAGAGGCUGAAAUGAGAUUAGCAUACGACAACCUGUGGGAUAAAAUAGUGUACAUAAAACCACCAUGGACUCUACAAGAUCUUCUGAUCAUAAUCAACAAACACUGGAUUGCAGUAUUUGGUGAAGUAGUUGACAGAAAACUUCAAGAUACUGUGAAAGAAUUAACCAAACAUCUAGAUCCACAAAAAGCUGUACCAGGGUGCAUGGCUAAUGUAGCUCCUAUAGUGGAUCUGGCAAAGACGUUGUUUGAUGGAUUUGCCAAUCACUCAAGUUACAAUGGAGCAAUCACUCAGUGUGUGGCAGCCAUUGCAGUUCUUCAGCAAAAGUGCAAAGAAAGCAAGAAAGAUGCAUUGCCAUCAUUAACCCUUCCACCUCAAGCAUUACCCUCCCAGACACCAGCAUUACUGCAACCUGAACCAUCAACACCUUCAUCUGUUAGGAUUGAAGAGGUUACACCUUCCAACUCCGACGAGACAGCAAGUGUUGCUUCAGUUAGUGUGCAUGGUGAGAUAUGUACAUCAACCUCAUCACAACCUCACAGACGAGUCUUAUCAACUUUUGAAACAAUCUGGAGUGCUGUAACACAGUUCAGUGCUCAGAUCUUCAACGCCUUAUCUUACCCGAAUCCUAUCCCACCCAGUGUCAUUGAGAAUCUACCCAAACCUACUAAAGAUGAGGCUAUUACUUUCUUGGGCCGGCUGUGUCGCUGUCUUGGCACAUUAGUCUCAGCAUUGCAGAGUGUUUUAAGAGUUCCAGUAGAAAGUCUCAAUGAAGAACCACAGUCAUUACAGAAGCUAGUGUCUGCCAUUGGUUCAUUCUUACAAGAGAUUCUUAAUCAAGAAAGUCCUGUGUCCGUAGAAGGCUUGUUUCAUUUUUGUCAAGAUUCUAAUUCUCGAACCGCACUUGUCCAAGGUUUGUCUCAGCUCGACAGAGCACUGGCAAUGUUACAGCACUGUGCAUCUUGUAUUGUAUAGUGGCCCUUGUGUAAAUAGGAUAUAUAUGAUAAUUAUUAUACACAGCCCUUGCAGUUAAGAGGAAAAGACUUUAAGGUUACUGUGAGUUUGUAGAGAACCUUGUUUAUAAAAUGCUGUAUCAUCCAUGGAAAAAGGAAAAGAAGAGGAAAGAUUGCUGGAAGGAUUUGCAGAACCAUUUGUGAACCAUGUUGAAUCAUCCUUGUCAAAUUGAAGUUUUGUGUCUGCCUCAGACUACUGCAUGUAUCUUGCAAUGAGGACAUGCAACUUGCCAAUAGUGAGUUACAAAUUUUCUUUGACUGAAAAAAAUAACGGUAUUUAAUGAAGAAAAAGGUAAUAUUGAUUACGCGUAACCCAUGACAAACGUGAAAUGGACAAAGCUGAAACAAUCCUAGCAUAAAAACACAAGGAAAAUCCCUCUAUACCAAUACAUAGGCCAUGUCUACCRGUACGAUCAACUAUUUUUUGUAAAACAAGUGUCUCAGCAAUGGAAACGAAGUACUACUGGUUCUGUGUCUUCAUCAUUGUUAGAAAGUGAAUGUAAUAUUGGUGCAAAACUAUACUGACAGCAGAAUAGUCAGGAUGUUACAUAUAUAUCCAUGAAUCCACAUAAUGUCACAAUUGUGAUAAACAAUGCCUGUUAUGUAGGGAGAGAUUUCUCCUUUAUUUAAAUUUACAAGUUAUAUUUGACAGAGAAGACUUAUAAAAGAAUAUAGAGAUAUUUUUGAAGUUUAAAUAAAAAGAAAAGUUGGAUUUACCACAUCAAA